CUGGUGACAAUCUCCUGAGCUGGGUGUGGAAGUGUCCCCUUACUAGAAAGUCCUUUUCACAGGAGGAAAUCAGCAAAUGAGUGGUGAUGGAUGUGAGGGUGAUCCACUGCCUGCUUCUUUGGGCUGCACACUUCUUCCUGGCUGUGCCACACACCACUCCCAGGGUUCUCAGUAACACAUCAAAGACUGGUGAUGAGCAAGAUGCCUGUAUAAAUCUCAUUCCCUGCCAAGAUAACGGAGCAAUUUGUGUUCAGCCUUGCUCUCCCUCCUUCCACGGGGAGAAAAGCUUUGUCUGUGAAGACAGAAAGUGGCAGAUGUUGUCAGAUGCUUGUGCAAGCCUGGAUGUUCAGUCCCUUUUUCAGAGGAUAUCCCAAAGUGAACGCCUCCCAUGCUCUGCAGGACAUGGUGCUGCUGGAGCGCAUCUUCCUUUUGUAGGAGGAGGAAAGCAAGGGCAUGGGAAACCUGAACAUUUUGGUGCUGGGAAUCACAGCUGCCAAGCUGAUUUUUCAUGCAUCAUCCCAGAUAUCCUGUCUUCACCAGCCAUCCCAGGAAACAUUGCUGAUAUAGUGGAAUUGCUAAAGAAGAUUUCCCUGCUGCUAUCAGAGAAUGUCACUAGAGGAAAAAUGCAGAGCUACAGCAGGAUAGCAAACCAUAUUCUGAACAGCUCCAUCAUUUCCAACUGGGCUUUUGUAAAGGACAAAAAUGCUGGUUCAAUGUUACUGGACUCAGUGAAUUUAUUUGCUGGGAAACUUCUUCUAAGAAAUGGCUCAGAAAGUAUCCAGGAGCCCUUCAUCGCUACCAAAGGCUACAGCAUACACAGAAACACUUCAGCAAAGAGCUUUGACUUUUCCAUGGAGUUCAAUAGCACAGGCAACAUCACUGGGCACGUGGUGAUUCCAGAAGACGAGCUGCUGAGGUUACCCAGGGCUUCCAAAGCCAUCAGCGUCGCGUUCCCAACGCUCGGAGCCAUCCUGGAGAGCACCCAGCCGGAGCCCGCCUUCGUGAACGGGAUGGUGCUGUCGGUGUCGCUGCCAGAGGAGCUCCAGAGCGUUCUGCUGACCUUUGAGAAGCUGAACAAGCUGGAGCAGGCGGGGGCUCAGUGCGUGGGGUGGCACUCGGCCGAGCGGCGCUGGGACCCCGCGCCGUGCGCGGUGCGCGCCCACACCACGAGCGCCGUGGUUUGCGUGUGCGCGCACCGGCGCCGCUCCUACCGCUCCUUCUCCAUCCUCAUGGCCCCGGCCGCGCCGCGCAGCGCGCUGCUGGGCUACAUCACCCAGGUGGGGCUGGGGCUCUCCAUCCUCAGCCUGCUCCUCUGCCUUCUCAUCGAGGCUGUGGUCUGGCACCACGUCACCAAAACCGAAAUAACCUACAUGCGCCACUUCUGCUUGGUCAACAUCGCUGCCUCGCUCCUCGUUGCUGAUGUCCUGUUCAUCCUGGCAGCCAUUGUGCACAAUACAACCCUGAACUACCAACUCUGUGUGGCAGCCACCUUUUUCCUUCACUUUUUCUAUCUUGCUCUGUUUUUUUGGAUGUUUACCCUGGGUCUCUUGAUUCUCUAUGGAUUAUUAUUAAUUUUUUUUAAGAUAACAAGAUCUGUAUUCCUAGCUGCAGCGUUCUCUAUUGGAUAUGGAUGUCCCUUGGUCAUAUCUGUCCUCACUGUUGCUAUUACUGAACCAAAAAAUGGGUAUUUAAGGAGUGGAGCCUGCUGGCUCAAUUGGUAUGAGACAAAAGCCCUUUUGGCUUUCGUGGUACCUGCCCUGAGCAUCGUUGUCAUGAAUCUCAUUGUGGUGGUCGUGGUUGUGGUGAAGACUGGGAGAUCCUCAGUUGGAGAAGGCUUCAAGUCACAAGAUUUGAGCAGCAUGAUCCGAGUCAGCAAAAACGUUGCCCUUCUGACACCUCUGCUGGGCCUCACCUGGGGGUUUGGAUUAGCGACAAUCAUCGACAGCCGCUCGCUGGCCUUCCACGUGGUGUUUGCGCUGCUGAACGCCUUCCAGGGAUUCUUCAUCCUGUUGUUUGGGACACUUCUGGACAGAAAGACAAGAGAAGCCUUAAAGAUGAACUGCUUUUCAACAAGGCGGAAGUGGGGUCUGGAAAAGUCCUAGCCAUGGACUGUUGUCUUCAGUGGAUCUGACCAGAGAGAAGAAAAGGAGCAGUUCUUGCAGAGAGGUGCUGGUUUGAGGGGAGCUGAAGAACCAGCCCAGAGCAUGGACAGCACUGGCUGGGAGCACAACCUCAGGAAGCACCAGGAAAACCUGAAGAGAAAAGGCCCUGGACCUGCUGUCAGGAGCAGGAACCAUCAGUGUUGCUGCAGCCCUUGGAGGAAACAUGCUGAAACAUAAAGCUUGUUUCUCACCUUUGUGAAAACUGCUGUGAGGAGAGUUUGUCCUCG